UUACGUCAACGCAGCAUGUCAGCCGUCCCUAACCCAUAGAUGAAAGCGCGUGAAAAGACGAUACAGGAAAUUACAAUUCGCAAGACCUAGAAACAACUUUUCAAGAAGAUUUUCGAUUACCAUUCAAGUUGGAUUAAAUGUUAAGCGUCCAGCACUGCAAACCAACUAAAGUAUUGUUUAUUUUAUUUUUUGUAAUAAGGACGGGAACACCUUUUUUCACUAACGUUUCGGUUGUGCAGGUGAACUAGUUUUUUUCUUAUCAACUUGUUUUGUAAUGCUGGUGGAUAAGGGAGCUUCCCUUUGUCAAUAAUGUUCAUGUGUAACGUUACUACAGGAUUCAAAUAAAUGGAUCGUUAUGCCAGUGGUUACAUCCUGAUUGGGAGAGGGCAGUGCUAGUGAGGUAUGCUGGAGAGGUCCUGUUUGUGUGUCAGCCAGCAGGAUGAGUGUGUCUGACGGUGUGGUAGGAGCGGCCAGCCUGGACGUAGAUCAACAACAACAACAGCAGCCGCAGUCCGUCUUUCUCCAGAUCUACCCACGCCUGUCCCAGGACAAAGCAGCAUGUUGUACUCUCCAGGUCAGCCCAGGGGCCACAGCGGCCAUGGUUAUCCAGAAAGCAGGGGCCACUCUGGGCCUGGACAUGACCAGACCGUAUGCCCUGCUGGAAGUCAGGCAGGCUGAAGGGGAGGAGAGGAGGCUAGGGGACACUGAGAUGCCUGUGGAGAGGGUGUUGCUUUGGCCCCCAGGGGCCAGAAAACGGCAUCCCCAGGAGAAGGGGUAUUACUUCAUCCUCCAAGCCCAGGGAGAUGAAGGGGCUCUGGGGUCAGAGAUGGACGGUGGUGGUGUACCUUCAUUAGAGGAAUAUGAUGACUUGUGCAGCCUCUCCACCCUGACCGAGGACACUAUCCUGGCUGCCUUGCGCCUGCGCUUCUACAAACACAACAUCUACACGUACGCCAGGGGCAUCCUGGUGGCAAUUAACCCCUUCAAGUUCCUGCCGAUCUACAACCCUAAGUAUGUCAUGAUGUACAACAACCAGCCACUUGGAAAAUUAAGCCCUCACAUCUUUGCAGUGGCGGAUGUGGCAUACCACACCAUGCUGAAGCAGCAGGAGAACCAGUGUGUGGUGAUAUCAGGGGAGAGCGGAUCAGGGAAGACCCAGAGCACCAACUUCCUGAUUCACUGUCUGACGGCGUUGAGUCAGAAGGGCUACAGCAGCGGGGUGAAGAGGACCAUACUGGGAGCUGGGCCUGUGCUGGAGGCAUUUGGCAACGCGAAUACGGCACAGAACAACAACUCCAGCCGCUUUGGGAAGUUCAUCCGGGUCAACUAUCUAAAGAGUGGGGUGGUGAGAGGGGCGGUUGUUGAGAAGUACUUGCUGGAGAAGUGUCGACUGGUGUUCAGAGCUAAGAAUGAAAGGAACUACCAUGUGUUCUACUACCUGCUGGUGGGAGCAUCCAAGGAGGAGCAGAGAGAGUUCAGUCUGCUGCAGCCUGAAGACUACACAUAUCUACAACAGGAGUACUUUCAUUUAGAAGACGCUGAGGAUCUCAGACAUGAGUUCGAGAGGCUUCAUCAGGCAAUGGAGAUGGUUGGAUUCCUGCCCUCCACUAAGAAACAGAUAUUUUCCAUGCUCUCUGCCAUUCUGUAUCUGGGCAACGUGACGUACACCCAAUCAGAAGACUGCCAGGCGCUGGAAGCGGGGCCAGCAGAUGUCCUCUCAACCCUGUCUGACCUGCUCAAGGUCAAACAGGAGUUGCUGGUGGAGGCUUUGACCAAGAGGAAACAAACAACAGCCAAUGACAAAUUAGUGUUACACUACACUCUCAAAGAAGCUGUGACAGCACGGGACUCCAUGGCCAAGUCUCUGUACAGCUCUCUGUUUGACUGGAUUGUCCUGCACAUCAACCACGCUCUGCUCAACAGACGAGACAUGGAGGAGGCCGUCUCUUGUUUGUCCAUAGGUAUCCUGGAUAUAUUUGGUUUUGAGGAUUUCCAGACGAAUAGCUUUGAACAGUUCUGCAUCAACUACGCCAACGAGAAACUACAGUAUUACUUCAACCAGCACAUCUUCAAGCUGGAGCAGAAGGAGUACCAGGCAGAGGGGAUCAGCUGGAGUACCAUAGACUACACGGACAACCUGGGCUGUAUCCAUCUGAUCAGCCAGAAACCCACUGGGCUUUUCCACCUACUGGAUGAGGAGAGCAAUCUCCCUCAGGCCACGGAUAACACUCUGCUGAACAAGUUCAAGCAGCAGCAUCAAGACAACCCGUACUUCCUCCCCACCACAGUGAUGUUACCAGCCUUCGUCAUCCAACACUUCGCUGGGAAGGUCAAAUACCAGAUCAAGGAUUUCCGGAAGAAGAACACGGAUCACAUGCGUCCGGACAUCGUGGCGUUGCUACGUAGCAGCGAGCGGGCAUUCAUGCGUCAGCUGAUUGGGUCAGACCCGGUGGCAGUGUUCCGAUGGGGCAUCCUCCGGGCCACCAUACGCAUCAUAGCGGCCUUCAACGAGGCCGGAAGCCGCCGGGCAGUCCCAGGUCUGGUGAAACGCACCUCCCGUCAGUCUAUAGGAGAACUGAAGAGAAGACCGAGCUCGGCUCUGCAGAGACUGUCCAGCCACAGCUCCCUACUGGACUUCUCGUUCGAUCGGUCCGAUGACAAUCCUCUGGAGGUGUUUGAGGACAUCUUUGCCAACUAUGAGAAAAAGAAGAAGAGCAAGGCCAGCAAGCACAAGCAGCUCAUUCCUACGAAUCUGAUGAACUCUCGGUCCCUGAAGCACAUCGUAGGCCUGACGCUCCAUGACCGAGCCUCCCGCUCUCUGCUCCACCCACAUCAGAGGAAGAAACCACCCAGCAUCAGCGCUCAGUUCCAGGUGUCUCUCAAUAAGCUGCUGGAGACUGUGGGGAAAGCAGAGCCUUUCUUCAUCCGCUGUAUCCGUUCCAAUGCUGAGAAGAAGGAGAUGAUGUUUGAUAAUGCUCUGGUGCAACAGCAGCUGAGGUACACAGGCAUGUUGGAGACGGUACGCAUCCAGAAGUCUGGCUACAACGCCAAGUUCACCUUCACAGAGUUCCUAGAGCAGUUCAAACUGUUGCUGCCUAAAGAAGCCACCACAGCACCAGAGGACAUAGCUAACCUGCUGCAGGAGAUGGGCCUAGGACAGAGCACGUACCAGAUUGGGAAAACCAAGGUGUUCCUGAAGGAGAGGGAGAAGCAGCAUCUCCAGGACACCCUGAACAAGGAAGUGAUGCGUCACAUCGUCAUCCUCCAGCGCUGGUUCAGGGCCUGUCUCAGCAGGAGCCACUUCCUCUACAAGAAAGACGCCGCCAUCAGAAUACAGCGAUGUUGGCGUGCGUUCCGGGCGGACACCAGAUGCCGUGCGGCCACAGUGAUCCAGGCAGCGUGGCGAGGCUCUCAGAAGAGGAAAGACUACCUGAGAAAGAGGAACAGCAUCAAGAAGAUGCAGACACUGUUCAGGAACAAACCAGAUCUAAACAGCUCAAAGGCUGAGGUAGAGAAGCCCAUGCCUCCCCAGCUCCCUUCCAAGACCCAGUCCAUGCCCCAGCCCCAGCCCAAGCUUCAGCCCAAGCACCAGAGAAGCCUGGAGAGGAAGGACCUGAGGAGGCAGCACAGUUUGGAACCAAGCCCCAAUAGGAGCCUCCAACCAGGCCCAGAGGUUAACAGACAGGAGGCUACCCAAAGGAACACAGAAUCGGAGAAGAGAGAGGGUAGAGGCUCUCCACCUCCUCUCAACAGACCUCUCUCCCUUCCCCUGGACCCCAAGGCUUGCAGGGAGAGAGAGAGGGCGCUCACCAGCCUGUCCCCUUACACAGGCACCCUGGAGCGCUACUCCCACUUGGAAGAUAUAAAGGAGCAUGCAAAGAGGUGGAAGAGCAGGAGGGAGGGAAGACAUCCAGAAGACUCCAGCCCUGAGAUCCAGCGGCCCAGGAAUAAACGCAUGGAGGGGUUGCUGCUGAACCGAGGGAAGUCUAUCUCGCUGGACAACGUGUCCAAACUCAGCUCCUCAGGGUCAGGCUCAGACAGCUCUUCCUCCAUUACUGAGGUCAGGGUGCGCUCCCGCAAGCGGCCCAAUCACAAGCGGCGGUUAGCCUACGCCCGAAGCGGGCUGAUGUUUAACCUUAAGGGUUCCCAGGAGAGCGAGUUUUGGAGCUUCCCCCUCCCACCCAUGAGCCCCUCACCGGGCCAGUCCAACCAACCGGAGGUCCACAUCCAUCCACGCAAACCUGAGGUCCAGUUUCAGAAAUCUUCAGAUAUUACCACAGAUGUUGGAAGGUUCAGCCUCCCAGCCAGGAGUACCAAUGAGAGCUCAAUUAUCAAAGACUACAGCCAAUCCCAGCCAACCACACCUGAGAGACUUGGCUUUUUCAGUAAGAUUAUGAAGAAAUGGCCCAAUAGAGACUCUCAGCCACCUGAGUACGGGAAGCGGACUAAUGAGAAUACACAAUCUGAAAAAGGAGCCAUCUCUCCAUACUCCUACCCCUUGUCGAGCGAGGGCAGCGGGCAGCCUCAUAACCCCUCCAUCAGGAUCAGCCGAGCCGCGAGAGUUUCUGAGAAGUGGAAUGCUUCUCUGGAACGGGAGAUCACCAACACCAACGAGCUCCGAAACCUGGACGAGUUCCUGGGUAACCAGGUAAAUGAGCUGCGUACAAGGGCGAAGAAGCUGUCAGCAACAGAGAGCAUCUUCCUCACAGCCACCAUGCAGUUCAGAGAGACCAUCAAGGGCAUGUACUCCAUCUCGAAGCCCUACAUCAGCUACAAGGGCUUGAUGAAGGGCUACCAGAACCGGGUGUCCAGUCUUGCCGAAGCCAAGCAGCAGACUGAGGUCCAGUCAGUGGUCAACCUGUUCCAGUCCGUCCUGGAUGGCUUCAUACGGGGAGAGAUCAAACGAGCGGAAGCUGGGCCGGUCAAGACCAUGAAAAAGACAAAGAUGAGAGGGAAAAAGAGCAAAUGUCCCAACAGCCCUCUAGAUCACAUGUUCAGUACGUACCAGGUGAACAUCAUGCAGUCCUGUGACCUGUGUGGUUCCUUCAUCUGGGGCAUGGAGAAGGCCUACAUGUGCAGCGACACCCCUCUUUGCCUCCAGAACAGCCUGAAUUCUUCGGAUUACAAAGUGUCGGAAAUGUUUGUUGCUGAAUUGGUAUCAAGGGACCUAACGUGUGCCAAGACCACCGCCACCAGCCUGUACCAUUGACACCAGGCAGGAUUGGUCCAUGGACUCAUGCUGCGUACGCCAAAUCCUGACUCUGCCAUCAGCAUGACGCAACAGCAUUCGUCAGACCAGGCAAUAUUUUCCGACUCAAUUGUCAAGUUUUGGUGAUUGCGUGCCCACUGGAGCCGCCACUGAUAGGAGUGGAAUCCGGUGUGGUCGUCUGCUGCAAUAGCCCAUCCGUGACAACAGUACACCACUGUUGUACUGCGCAGUUAUGUUUGUUUGUGCACCAUUCUCGAUAAACCCUAGACAUUAGGGUAGGCCCUUUCCUGUUUCAGCAUGACAAUACCACCGUCCAUAAAGCAAGGUCCAUACAGAAAUUAUGUGUUGUAUUGGUGUGGAAGAACUUGACUGGCCUGAACAGAGCCCUGACCUCAACCCCAUCGAACACCUUUGGGAUAAAUUGGAACCCCAACUGCUAACCAGGCCUAAUCGCCCAUCAUCACUGCCUGACCUCACUAAUGCUCAUGGUUGAAUUGAAGCAAGUCCCCGCAGCAAUGUUCCAACAUCUUGUGGAAAGCCAUUCCAGAAGAGUGAACGCUGUUAGAGCAGCAUAGGGGGGGACCAACUCUAUAAUGCCCAUGAUUUUGGAAUGAGAUGUUCGACGAGUAGGUGUACACAUACUUUUGGUCAUGUAGUGUGCAAGCAGCAAUGGAAAGAGUUCUGGCUUAUGAGCAGGCUUGAAGCAUGGAAGCAUUAUACCUCAUUAUCCCUUGUGUACAUGUAACAAUUGAAAACACUGUGCAAGUUAAGAUAGAGCGAAAAGUGAGUUUAGUGUUUAAUUGUGUAUGCAAAUAAUUCUUUACAAAGAUUACAUUUUCUCUGAUCUUGACAUAUUGCUUAGCUUUUCUUAACCGUACUAGAGAUAGACAUGAUUAACAUACAUUCUGUGUUGAGUCCAUCCACCAUAGAAUUUUCCACCAUUUUGGAUUCAUCAAAACAUUGUACGUUUGAUGGACUCCAAACUCAGAAUGUAUGUUAAUCAUGUCUAUCUCUAGUACGUAGGAAAAUGUGUUCCUUAUGAUUAGAAAAAUUUAUAUAAACUGUUUCAUGGUUGUAUGUCGAAUGGGUGUGGGGCCUUAGACUUUGAAUGCUUAUUACAGAAUCACCAAUGGGCCAAUUUGUACCACUUAGCUUUUUCCAACUUAGUAAAGACUGGCAUGAUGAACAUACAUUCUGAGUUUCAGGUCAAUCGGAUUUUAUGGUUGAUGAGAAGAAGAUUUUAUGAAAAAUUUAAAGAUGGCAGGAAAUCCACUAUGCCGGAAUUCAUGGGUCUUGAGGCAACUCUUCCUUACUAUGAGAAGCACUUAUUUACCAAGUUUCAUGGUUGUAUGUCAACCGGGGUGGUGAAGCUGAGCCUUAGAAUGCUUAUUACAGCGCCACCUAAUUGCCAUUAACUUUCAUCCUUUGACAUAUUGCUUAGAUAUUUUCAUAAUUAGUAGACACAGGCAAGAUUUCUACACAUUCUGCAUUUCAAGUCAAUCAAAUGUUCGGUCAUGAGAAGAUUCGAAGAUAUGAAAAAUCCAAUAUGGCGGAACUUAUGGGUCCUUUAGGAAAAUUAGGUGGUGUGCCAUAAGCCCAAAAACGUGAAGCUGAACGAUCCCCAUUAAGGGAGGAGCAGAUUUUUUGUAUAUGACAGUAAUACAUUCUUAUGAUGACUAACAUUUGUUAGCGCCUUCAAUUCUUGAACAUUUUCUCAUAAAAAGUAUAUUUCAACACUGUCAGCUCAGGCAAAUUUGCCAAACUGCCAAACUUGAAACCAAUCAGAACUCCCGUACAUACCCCUCGUGAUGAAGGCAUCCAAUGGCCUGCUUCUUUUCUGCGAUGUAAAACAGCCUCACUUGAAAACUUGAGCUGUUAAUGUCAAUUUGUCUGCUAAGGAAGCUAGUGUUACAUUAGCUAUCUCUUGUCUUUGAAUUAAAAUUGUUUUGGCAUGAUUGUCUUAUUUCAAGUAACUAACUGCAGGCUUAAGGAAACAUUUAAUCAUAUACUUUGCAUAGAAACCAAAUAAAAGCACGUUGACAGAAAGAUGUGUGUGCUAGAAUGGCGAUUCUACAGCUGCAUAUGCAAAUUAGGCAACACAGCAUAUCCUACACAUACAGUGCCUUUAGAAAGUAUUUAUAGCCCAUGACUGUAUUCCAAAUUAUUUUAGACUGAUCAAAUAAAUACAAAUUUCACCCAUCUACACUCUAUGUCACGACUUCCGCUGAAGUCGGUUCCUCUCCUUGUUCUGGUGGCGGUCGACGUCACCAGUCUUCUAGCCAUCGCCCUUCUAGCCAUCGCCUAUCCACCUUUCAUUUUUCAUUUGUUUUGUCUUGUUUUCCCACACACCUGGUUUACAUUCCCUCAUUACUUGUCGUGUAUUUAACCAUCUGUUCCCCCCAUGUCUUUGUGUGAGAUUGUUUGUUGUAAGUGCAUGUGCACUUCUGACUGGUUUUGCGACAGGUUAUUUUAACAGUAUUUUGUUGUUCUGGGUACAUCUUGUUUUUGCAUUAUUAAAGUUCUCCAGUUGUUACCCAUUUCUGCUCUCCUGCGCCUGACUUCCAGCAGUCAGUUAUGCACUGCUUACACAAUACCCCAUAAUGACAACUUUAGACAUUUUUGCAAAUGAAAUACAAAAAUAUGUAAUUUACCGAAGUACUCACACCCCUGAGUCAAUACUUUGUAGAAGCACCUUUAGCAGCGAUUACAGCUGAGAGUCUUUCUGGGUAUGUCUAAGCGUUUCCACUCCUGGGUUCUGCAACACAUGCCCAUUAUUAUUUUCAAAAUUAUUCAAGCUCUGUCAAAUUGGUUGUUGAUUAUUGCUAGACAACCAUUUCCAGGUCUUGCUGCAGAUUUUCAAGCAGAUUUAAGUCUAAACUAACUCAGCCACUCCAGUGUAAAUUUGGCCUUGUGUUUUAGGUUGUUGUCCGGCUGAAAAGUGAAUUCAUCUCCCAGUGUCUUUUGAAAAGCAGACUGAAACAUGUUUUCCUCUAGGAUUUUGUCUGUGCAUAGCUCCAUUCCAUUUUUCUUUCAUAAAAAAACCCAUCCCCUGUCCUUUACGAUUACAAGUAUACCCAUAACAUGAUGCAGCCACCACUAUGCUUGAACAUAUGGAGAGUGGUACUCAGUAAUGUGUUGUAUUGGAUUUUCCCCAGACAUAACACAAAAAGUUGCAGUAUUACUUUAGUGCCUUGUUGCAAACAGGAUUCAUGUUUUGGAAUAUUUUUAUGAUAUACAAGUUUCCUUCUUGUCACUCUGUCAAUUAGGUUAGUAUUGUGGAGUAACUACAAUGUUGUUGAUCCAUCCUGAGUUCUCCUAUCACAGCCAUUAAACUCUGUUUUAAAGUCACCAUUGGCCUCAUGGUGAAAUCCCUGAACGGUUUCCUUCCUCUCUGGCAACAGAGUUAGGAAGGAUACCUGUAUCUUUGUAGUGAAUGGUGUGUUGAUACACCAUCCAAAGACCCAUGGGUCCCUCCUGCCGAAAUAGCAGCUAGAUACACUCAAUGUGGAUGCCACUCGGCCCACAUCAAGCAGUGACUGAAAACUGUAAAUACGUUUGCAGAUAUGCCCUACCGGCUUUGAUAUGACGCGUUGGUGGAAGAAGCCCUGGCGCUCUGCAAAGUGUUCACCACAUUGUCCUGAAGGCCUAGAAUGGUCCCCUAAUGCCUCUGAGGCCAAGCCCAAAGCUGGAGGCGAUGCGGGUCCAGAUUCCAACGUGUCCCCCGAACAGUGGAAGGGGUGUAUGUGGACAACUGUAAUGGCCAGUUAACCUGUCUGUCAGACAGAACUCUUGACCAGACCAAGGGGUUAGGAUGGAUGGAGGUCAACACUCCAUCUCAACUCAUUCGGAAACAUUUGGCCAACCAGGGCGUCAACACUAGAAGACCCUGAGACAUUAGAGGUGGCAGAAAUAUAGCGGUGGCCGGCAUCGGAAUUGGAGUUCAUAGCCUUCCAUUACUGUUUUCAGUACCUAUGGACUGCCACGCAGAAUAAAUAUCGUCCCGCACAGAGAAGCACGAGAUUGUACUUCAGUCAACUUUCUGGAGAUUUCCCCUUUAAGUUAAAACUAUCAAUGUUUCUUACAACUGUGGGAAUUGUGCUUGAAUCAACGCAAUAUUAGCCACUUUUAAUGUAACAUCCCGAAAAAAAACUAACUGUGCAAGAGUUUUUCUUGUAGGCAGAGCGCAUUGGAGUAGGAUUCUAUUACAUUGAUAGGCAGGACUCAGGCCCGUAAUCUACAUAGACUGGUGCGCCAAAACCAAUCACAGCUGCAGUAGGCCUAUACAUAUAUGGCAAUGGCUAAAUGCAAAUUGCCAUACAUGGCCCUGUGCCAUUCACUUUGAACUGGACUGUGUUUACAGCAUGAGCAGUCGCAAAUAGAUGUGCUUGUUUUUAGAUCAAAGCAAGAGCUGGAGGUUCUCCUGUGCACAUUUAUUCAUCUUAUUUGCUAGUUAGUGAGUUAGACCAGUUAUAGCUCAUUUAUAAUCAACAAUGAGGGAGUGGUUGCUUCCUACAAGAGCACAAAAUGUGUACAUUUCUAGCCAUCUUUGAAAAGAGAGUCAGAUAAAGAGCUUUUUUAUGUCUUAAAGGGGCAGUGUUGUAUUUUGAGUCUGUCUUGAAUAAACUAAGUAGCCAAUAGGCAGAGGGUAGCAUAAUUUGUCUGAUUCUAUGUAAUGGUAUGGGAAUAAUAAUGAAUUGAAUUUUGUAUGGUGGUUUCUUGUAUCAAACAACAUUGUCACCUUGUCUGAAGGACAAGUGGAUUAACAGGUUAAUGUCAAGCCCUGCAUGUUUUUUUUCUCAAAUGUCUCAUGGAAUGUAGGCCUACAUUGACCACUACACAUUUGCUACUACUGUAAGUUGAAUGAUAAAACAGCUAUUUCCAUAUUCAAAUGUUAUGGGAUGCAUUUUUCUCCAUUGUUUUUGAUGCGAGUCUACUCUGGUGAUUUAGCCAAUACAUUUCUGGGAGUUGAUAUAUGGAGUGAGCGACUCUAGUUGUUCACAGUAAAUCCAGCCUACACACUUUUCACAAUGUUGAAGUCUGCUUUCAACAGACCUGAAAUUUGCUAAGUGCUGAAAAAAGAUUACAGGUAACAUUGCCCAUGGACACUCCACUUGCCUCUCAACUUAGAUGUCGGCACACCACCUCAAACUCGACAGGACGGAACUGCUCUUCCUUCCGGGGAAGCUCUGCCCACUCAAAGACCUCUCCAUCACAGUUGACAACUUCAAAGUGUCGCCCUCCCAAAGUACAAAGAACCUUGGUGUGACCCUGGACAACACCCUUUCGUUCUCUGCAAACAUCAAAAGCAGUGACUCGCUCCUGCAGGUUCAUAUGUUCUACAACAUUGGUAGAGUAAGACCCUAACUCACACAGGAAGCAGCGCAGUUCCUAGUCAAGGGACUUGUCCUCUCCCAUCUACUGCAACUUGCUGUUGGCUGGGCUACCCGCAUGUGCCAUCAAACCCCUGCAACUUAUCCAAAAUGCUGCAGCCCGCCUGGUUUUCAACCUUCCCAAGUCCUCUCAUGUCACUCCGGUCCUCCACAAUUUCCACUGGCUUCUAGUCAAAGCUCGCAUCCACUACAAGACCAUGGUGCUUACCUAGGCAACAGCAUGAGGAUGCCAGGACAACAGAGUCCUUGCCCAUCUUCUGAAAAAGUAUCUUAAAUAAUCUUCCUCCUCUCCUAUAGUUUCGUUGUUGUACGUUAAACUGGGCAGCGGGGCUGAGCCUUGGACUUUGAAUGCUUAUUAGAGUGCCACCUAUGGGGGAAUUUGUGCUGUUUUUGAUGUCUGAAUAGCAGUUGUUGGCUUGUUGGUUCUAUAGGCUUUGAAUUGUAUUCAAUGAGCAAACAUUUCUGCAGCCGGCAGAAAUCAAUUAUUCCAAUGAUAUGAUAUAAUUGUCAAGCCCAUUGAAAAGACCAGGGACAUGAAUAUGGAAUUAUGCCGUAAGAAAGUGUCACUUGCACGUGUAUUGCCAAAGUAUAAUUUUUUUUUUUAUCAAUUGGGCAUUGAGAUAUUGUGACAAAGGUGGAGGAAGAAAUUGAAUUCCAUCAAAAACAAUAGGUUUGUUGGAGCUUCGCUGCCAGCACCCCCAAUUGAAACAUUAGAACAGACUCCACAUUUCUUACCAUUCUGUUCUUGUCUGCCUUGUUCGGUCCUUUAGCUUGCAAAUUGAUAUGUCACAAGAAAUGCCUCUCCAAAAUCAUC